GUCUGGACGCUAGAAGAAAAAGCGAGUUCGAUAUACCGAUCCUUUCGGCUUCCGUACAUAACAAUGCGGGAUGAUAAUGCGGAAGCUCGUUUGACAGGUUUUCGGGGCGUGUCAGUUUGUAAACAACAAAGCUGAUGCUUCAAACAGAGAUCUUCCUGUGACCAAAAGACUCCUGAACACUGAGGACUAUCAGAAAAGUCUCUGUCAACACAAUGGCACCACCAACCCCUCUGUCCAAGGCCAACACCACCUUCUCUCUGGCUUUGCUCAAAAAGCUGAGAGAUGGCGACAGCACUGCAAAUGUCUUCUACUCCCCUUUCAGCAUCUCCUCAGCCCUCGCUAUGGUGAUGCUGGGGGCCGGCGGCAACACACACACACAGAUGUCAGAGUGCCUGAAAACCAAGGACUGCCAGGAUGAAGUCCAUGUCAGCUUUGCCCAGCUGCUGAAGGAGCUCAACAAGGCUGACGCUCCGUAUGCCCUCAAUGUGGCCAACAGGCUGUACGGGGAGCAGUCCUACCAGUUUGUUGAGGAUUUCUUAGGGGAAACCAGGAAGCACUACAAUGCAGAGCUGGAGUCUGUGGACUUCAUAAGCAAGUUCGAGGCAGCCAGGGUCAACAUCAACAACUGGGUGGAAGAAAAGACACAAGGUAAAAUUAAGGACGUGCUGGCCGAGGGUGUGGUGGACAGCUCGACCAUGCUGGUGCUGGUCAACGCCAUCUACUUCAAAGGCCACUGGAACAAGCAGUUUAAGGAGAGUGCCACACGUGAUGGACUAUUUAAAGUCAAAAAGAAUGUCACCAAGCCUGUGAAAAUGAUGUACCAGGAAACCAAGUUCCCUCUUGGGUACAUCCGUAAACCCUGCUGCUGCCAGAUCCUUGAGAUGCCUUACAAAGGAAAGGAGCUCAGCAUGCUCAUCUUUUUACCAGAUGAGUGGGCAGAAGGCGAAGCAGGUCUGGAGAAGCUGGAGAAGGAGCUGUCCUAUGAGAACUUUGUAGAGUGGACUCGUCCUGACAUGAUGAAGGAUAUUGAGGUCGAGGUGGGGCUACCUCGGUUCAAGAUGGAGGAGAGUUAUGAUUUGAAGAAUGUCCUGAUGAGCAUGGGCAUGGUGGACGCCUUCGACAUGGGAAUGAGUAACUUCUCUGGCAUGUCCCCUGCCAACAACCUGGUACUGUCCAAAGUCGUCCACAAGGCUUUCGUGGAGGUCAACGAGGAGGGAACUGAGGCUGCUGCUGCCACUGCUGCGAUAGCUACUUAUAUGUGCGCUGGCCCCACCUUCAUGGCAGACCACCCCUUCCUCUUCUUCAUCCGACACAAUCCCUCCAUGAGCAUUCUCUUUGCUGGCCGAUACUGCUCCCCCGAGUGAGCGCUGCAUCAUUUAAAGCAGCUAUUCUCAACCUUGGGGUCCCGACCCCAAGGUUGAGAAUAGCUGGUAUAUGGGACUAAAGGUUCUGCAGAAAGAAAAUGGCAAAUCACUCUGCACCAUUUGUGCACAUUUUCAUCUGUGUUUUUGUUCUCAAGACCAGGAAAAAAAAAUCUUCUACGUUGUUGCAUUAGGGGCUCAGUGGGAUUAAAGCCUUUUUAAAAAGU